AUGAAUGGGUGUGGCAGCAUAUUUGCUCAGCAGGGCGUUCUGAAGGGUCACAUCCGACCACGCACAAGAGGGAAAUCUUGUUCAUCCAAGGAUCCCGGUUGUUGGAGAAGAUUUAGACAUUCACCGCAUCGACGUUGGCAUCGCCGACUCUAUAACAAGGAAAUCCUGCCAUAUGAUAUCGAUGGGUGUCCCAAGAGGUUUCUCAAACUGAAAACCUUGCAAGACCAUCAACAGGAAUCGUACAACCAAGGAAAGACCCCUAAUCGCACCGACAACUACUCGCCGGACGAUGGCCAGCCUCCCGCCACUCCUCAGCUCUCCCCGAUGACCUCUUCGCCUCACGAUCCGGAUGAUAUGGACCUGGAUUCCCAGGAUGAUUAUCGGAAUCGGUCGCGCUAUUUAGCCGGCCUUCCAGAUAAGCGACGUGAGAUCCCAACCAGUGUCCCUGGUUAUUAUCAUGGUAUCUUCAAGCAGACUCAGCUAGUUUUUCAAGAAGAUGCUGUGACUCAACAGACGUACGGUGUCAGCAGAACAGGGCACCCAGGUGUUGUCAUGAUGACUGUGCCGGCCCAAGAUGAACUAUCAGAACCGUUCCAACAACUUUCAAAUAUUGGACGGAGCGCAAAAACAGACUAG